AAGGCUUAUAACAAGAACUAUUAAACUCCUGUUUACUCUAUCUAGAGACUAGUUACUAAUAAAUAGCUAUACUGCUUCGGCUGUGGAACCCCGACAAUGUCCGGUGCAGAAGUGCUUGGUAUUAUUUCUGCUGUGAUUUCCAUCAUCGAUGCUACGAUCCAGCUGAGCAGUGCUAUUAAAGACGAAGCUGGUCUACCAUCCAACUUCAAGACGGUAGCAGCAAAAUUGCCUCUGAUUGCAAAGCUUCUCGAUAAUGCAGAGCGAUAUGUUGAAGAGGAAGCAAACGACGAUCUUACAUCAACUUUCAUACUUGUCUUAAGAGACUGUGAAGAGAAAGCUGCAAAAUUACAGCUAUUGUUUAAAAAGGUUGUCCCGGCCAACGGUGACUCGAGGGCCGACCGGUAUAUCAAAGCUGCUCGAACCAUCGGCAAGGGUGGUCGCGUGGAGACCCUAAUUAAAGAAAUUCUUGAUGGUCUACAGCUUCUUACGAUCAUAUUCCCGAUGGUUACAUCUCGAAGAGGACUGGAAAAUUUGACAAAAGCGAUUGAGGAAGUAGGCGAGAUGGAGCCAUCCCUACCUGACGGAUUUGAAGACGCAGCGACGUAUGCACACUACGGCAGCGGUGCCCAGAACGUCAAUACUGGAGUUGGGAGCCAAUAUAACAACAAUAGUACAGGAAAUCAGAAUAAUGGUCCUGGUAAUCAGUACAUUGGCACCAAUCACAUCGACUCAUCCAUCCAUAAUCACUAUCUAACCCAAGAGCAGCCAGAGAUACCGCCGAAUCCCUCGAUGCGAAUUUCCUUCCGUCGUGAUGUUGAUUUUGUGGAGCGCGAGAUAUUUGACCAAGUCGAUCGCAGCUGUAGCAGGCCAGGUUCGUGGACUGCGCUCUUUGGUCUAGGCGGUGUUGGAAAAUCGCAAAUCGCCAUUGAAUAUGCCUAUCGCGUCCGAGAGCGAUCAUCUGAUACGUGGGUCUUUUGGAUCCAUGCAAGCAAUAAAGCACGGUUCGAAGAAGGUUUCCGAGAUAUUGCAACAUGCAUAAAGCUUCCUGGGCGGCAAGAUCCAAAAGCGAAUAUAUUUCAACUGGUACACGACUGGCUUCAAGACGAAAGAAAAGGGCCUUGGGUUGUUAUUCUCGACAACGUAGACGACGCCCGUUUCUUGACUUUAUCAACCCCAGAAGCAACGGUACCCACAGCAAAAGGUACAUCUACCAGGCACCUGUUAUCAUACAUCCCAUACUGCCAACAUGGGUCCGUUCUUGUCACUUCGCGAAGUGAAGCCGCUGCAAUGGAGCUAGUUGAUCGCGAUGAUAUCAUCCCAGUCAACCCAAUGAAUAAGAAAGACGCAAUACAAUUAUUCCGGAAUAAGCUUGGCCAAGACGAUGAUGAUGCUUGCGUUAUAGAGCUUACUGCAGCGCUCGAAUAUAUGCCACUGGCUAUUGUUCAGGCAACGGCUUACAUUUCCCAGAAGCGUCCACGAUCCUCUGUUCGGGAGUAUAUCGAUGAGUUUCGCAAAAGCGACAAUAGUAAAGCUAAGCUUCUUAGUCAUAGAGUGGAAGGGCUUCGCCGAGACGAAAAGGCUCAGAACUCCAUUUUCAUCACAUGGCAAAUAUCAUUUGACUACAUUCGCGACGUCAGACCGUCCGCAGCGGACCUACUGUCGCUUAUCAGCUUCUGUGAUCGCCAGGGCAUCCCGGAAGUUUUGAUGCGAGGAAAAUACGGUCGCGUUACCAUAGAUAAUGCACAUAAUCCACGUCACGCGGUGAGUGGGUUAACCAUUAGGGAUGGAAGCGACGAUGAUGCUGACGAUGGCAAGAGUAUUGGAAGCAAUGGCGAUAGUGACUGGACAUAUGAAAACUCCAACUGUAGUGACAAUGAUGAGUUUGAAAACGACAUCACAGCACUACGGAAUUUUUCCUUUAUUGUAGCCAAUAAAGACGGGACCACAUUUGAAAUGCAUAGACUAGUGCAGCUCGCCAUAUUUGCGUGGCUCAAGGCACACAAUAUCUAUGAACAGUGGAAUUAUCAGUUUCUUCAAAACCUUGCUGCAGAGAUGCCAGGCGGAAACUUUGAGAAUUGGGCGAAAUGUCAGCUGCUUUUCCCACAUGCACAGCAAGUGUCAACACAGCGCCCGGACGGGAAGGAGGCUAUGGAAGAGUGGGCGACAAUCUUGCAUAGAGCGGGCUGGUAUGCCCUUGAAAAGGGGUAUGGAGUAGAAGCCGAGAAGCUUUCUACCUGGGCUCUGAAAGCGAUGAAGAAAAUAUUUGAUAAAGACGAUGAGAAAGUGACUUCGUCGAAAGCAUUAGUAGCGUCAACAUAUAGCAAGCAAGGGCGGUGGGAAGAAGCAGAGAAGCUUCAGGUGCAAGUGAUGGAGGCUCGAAAGCAGAAGCUUGGACCAGACCAUCCAGACACGCUGACUAGCAUCGCGAAUCUGGCAUCGGCAUAUUGGAACCAAGGGCGGUGGGAAGAGGCAGAGACGCUCCAGGUGCAAGUGAUGGAGGCUUGCAAGCAGAAGCUUGGACCAGACCAUCCAGACACGCUGACCAGCAUCGCAAAUCUGGCAUCGACAUAUACCAGGCAAGGGCGGUGGGAAGAGGCAGAGACGCUCCAGGUGCAAGUAAUGAAGGUGAGCAAGCAGAAGCUUGGAUCGGACCAUCCAGACACGCUGACCAGCAUCGCGAAUCUGGCAUGGACAUAUUGGAACCAAGGGCGGUGGGAAGAGGCAGAGACGCUCCAGGUGCAAGUGAUGGAGGCUCGAAAGCAGAAGCUUGGACCAGACCAUCCAGACACGCUGACCAGCAUCGCAAAUCUGGCAUCGACAUAUUGGAACCAAGGGCGGUGGGAAGAGGCAGAGACGCUUGAGGUGCAAGUGAUGGAGGCUCGAAAGCAGAAACUUGGACCGGACCAUCCAGACACGCUGACCAGCAUCGCAAAUCUGGCAUCGACAUAUUGGAACCAAGGGCGGUGGGAAGAGGCAGAGACGCUUGAGGUGCAAGUGAUGGAGGCUCGAAAGCAGAAACUUGGACCGGACCAUCCAGACACGCUGACCAGCAUCGCAAAUCUGGCAUCGACAUAUUGGAACCAAGGGCGGUGGGAAGAGGCAGAGACGCUUGAGGUGCAAGUGAUGGAGGCUCGAAAGCAGAAACUUGGACCGGACCAUCCAGACACGCUGACCAGCAUCGCAAAUCUGGCAUCGACAUAUUGGAACCAAGGGCGGUGGGAAGAGGCAGAGACGCUUGAGGUGCAAGUGAUGGAGGCUCGAAAGCAGAAACUUGGACCGGACCAUCCAGACACGCUGACCAGCAUCGCAAAUCUGGCAUCGACAUAUUGGAACCAAGGGCGGUGGGAAGAGGCAGAGACGCUUGAGGUGCAAGUGAUGGAGGCUCGAAAGCAGAAACUUGGACCGGACCAUCCAGACACGCUGACCAGCAUCGCAAAUCUGGCAUCGACAUAUUGGAACCAAGGGCGGUGGGAAGAGGCAGAGACGCUUGAGGUGCAAGUGAUGGAGGCUCGAAAGCAGAAACUUGGACCGGACCAUCCAGACACGCUGACCAGCAUCGCAAAUCUGGCAUCGACAUAUUGGAACCAAGGGCGGUGGGAAGAGGCAGAGACGCUUGAGGUGCAAGUGAUGGAGGCUCGAAAGCAGAAACUUGGACCGGACCAUCCAGACACGCUGACCAGCAUCGCAAAUCUGGCAUCGACAUAUUGGAACCAAGGGCGGUGGGAAGAGGCAGAGACGCUUGAGGUGCAAGUGAUGGAGGCUCGAAAGCAGAAACUUGGACCGGACCAUCCAGACACGCUGACCAGCAUCGNCAUAUCCUUACGGAGUAUGUGUAACGUUAUUAUGCUUUUUAAUCGAAAGUUGUGCAAAUAUUUCUACGCAUGA